CCACCAAAUUUUGUAAGCCAUACAAUUUCUUGUGCUUCAGUUCAUCAUGACAAAGGUGUACCCCACUCCCAUCACUUCGGUUACUGUUUCGCCACCCAAAUCCUCUGCUGCCAGUAAGAAUCCGGUGAUCUUCACUGUUUGGAAGAAGUCUCUACUCUUCAAUUGCGAUGGAUUUACAGUGUUCGACUCCAAUGGCAAUCUUGUAUUUCGAGUAGACAACUAUGUCACCGGAGGUAAMGGUGAAAUUGUUCUCAUGGAUGCGUUCGGCCGCUCUGUCCUCACUAUUCGCCGCAAGAGGAWAAGUCUUUCGGACACCUGGCAAGUGUAUGAUGGAGAAACAACGCUUGUUCCACGGUUUUCGGUCACGAAACACAUGAACAUUUUCAACACCAAGUCCCUAGCUUACGUUUGCAAAGAAGGAUCGUCAAAGAAUAACAACACGAGAAUCCCGAUGUAUAAGAUCGAUGGAUCAUAUGCUCAAAGGUGUUGCAUCGUAUAUGAUGAUAUGCGACGGAAUGUUGCUGAGAUCAGGAGCAAGGAAGCCAAGGGAGGUACUGUUGCUCUUGGCGUAGAUGUUUUCCGUUUGGUUAUGCAACCUUCAAUCGAUCCAGCUGUCUCUAUGGCUCUUAUCAUCGUCCUCAAUCAGAUGUUCGGUUCGUCUAAACGUGUUUUUUAAGCUUACCGGAGACUGGAAAUAUUAGAAAGAGUUGUUAGCUGUAGUUUUUGCUUUUGAUAAAUAUUUAUGUCAACUUGUUAGGGGUAACAAUUAUUCAUUGGAUAUAGUCCCGGAUGAUAUUUAAUCCAACGGACAGU